AUGGACGAGGGCACCUACGACGUGACAAGACCGCCGAUGGUGGUCACCAUCCGGAUGUUGCGGCCUGAAGAGGUGGACACGGAGACCCAGACGAUUCGCCUCAUCCCAAAUGAACGGCUGGUAGUGAAAUCCCCGCCACCUGCCAAGAGGCCUCCGGUGCCCCCUCCUAAACAACCUCCUGUACCCGUUCAACCGCGGGGCUAUGGGGGGGCUACAUCGAGUGGUUCUUCAAGGCCGAGUGAAGCUGCUGAGCAAGGACAAGCGGCGAUGGCAUCUUCAAAGGCGAUGGGUACCGCUAUGGGGUACACCUCAAAGGCUGCGGGAACUGUUCUCCAAGGGGUUUCCAAGUCGGCAGCGGCGGCGAGGAGUUCGAGCUCUACGGGACCUCCUACGCUGGAGCGAAUGCGGCAGCCGGCAACUGACAGGCCGUGGAACAGGCCUGGUAAGGCUCCACCGGCGCAGCUUUUGAUGCCGGUUGGGGGCAUGAUGGAUGAUCAGUUGGAGUUCCAAAGCUCGGUGUUUUGGACGCCUGAGAUCCUGAAUGACAUUCAGGAUUUGAUUGAGGAGGAAGCGUUGUUCUACAAGCCAACGCUCAAGAGUGAUCGAUGGGAUCACUUGACCAUGGAUGGCUGCAGAUGGUUGGUCCGCUACCAUGGAAGUGCGCGGGCGCAGAGGUUUCAUCCUGAACAUCGCAGCUGUCCUGAGGAGAUUGAUGACUUGGAGUUCAUGAGAGUCACCGUCGCUUGGAAGGGCAGUGAAUGGCAUCGAAGAGUGGUCGUGGACUGCGAUUGGCGACGAGCAGAACUGAGCGGGCCGGGAACAUGGGCUGCUAAAGCACGCUACCAGCACAUGCUCCAAAGUCAGAUGGGCGGCCACAUCGCUUGCGCAUUUGAGGAGAAAUAUUUGGUGCGAGCGGAACAGCUCGGCAAGGUGCUUUUACUUUGCUUCCUUUUUGCUUGGCCGCCGGCCACCGUGGUUGAUGAAGUGGAGCUGGACUCGCUGGAGCCAGAGCUCCCAGUGGCUGGCCCUUCAAGUCACGAGACCUUGCCCGAAGAGGUGGUGCCGUUGCGCUAUGACUUGCAGCUGACCUUGGAUCCUGAGAGGUCCACGACCUUUGAGGGCCACGUGAGCAUCCAUCUCAACAUCACCAGGGAGACCUCCAGCAUCAUGUUCAAUGCUCGGAAUUUGGUGCUGGAGUCCAUCGUAUUAUUCCAAGCCAUCGAGCAGCUGCAACCAGCGGAGGUCUUGAAGGACGCUGGAUGGGAGCGGGUCACUCUACAUUUCCGGGAAGCACUUUCGCCUGGCAAUGCUGUGCUGCAGAUCUCCUAUGCUGGGGAAAUGGGGAAGGACAUGGCUGGGCUCUACACUAGCCGAUACAAAAGUCGCCGGGGAUGGAAGACUUUAGCGCUGACUCAGUUCGAAGCCAUUGAUGCCCGGCGCAUGUUGCCUUGCUGGGACGAGCCAAGCAGAAAAGCCGUCUUUGCCCUCAGCGUGGUGGUGCCAGCGGAGCUUAUGGCCGUGUCCAACAUGCCGGCCGCCUCCGAGACCACGCUCGAGCGAGGGAAGCGGAGGAUCACAUUCCUGGACACACCCAGGAUGUCAAGCUACCUCUUGGCCCUGGCCGUGGGGCGUUUUGACACCAUUCAGGCGCAGACCGUGAACGGCACCUUGAUCCGGGUGUUGACCAUGCCCGGCCAAGCAGCCCAAGGGACCUUUGCCCUGUCGGUGGCCGCCCGGGCGCUGAGCUACUAUGAGGAGUACUUCGGUGUGCCCUUCCCGUUGCCCAAGCUGGAUAUGUUGGCUGCUCCCGAUUUCGCCGCUGGAGCCAUGGAGAACUGGGGCUUGGUGAUCUAUCGCGAGGUUGAUCUUCUGUGUAACGAGACCACCGUGGGCGUGGCGCGGAAGGUGCGCAUUGCCACAGUGGUCACCCACGAGCUCUCGCACAUGUGGUUCGGAAACUUGGUGACCAUGGAAUGGUGGGAUCAGCUCUGGCUUAAUGAAGGCUUUGCCAACUGGAUGCAGACUCAGGCUGUGGACGUCCUAUUUCCAGAAUGGCAUAUCUGGGAGCAGUACGUUGUGGAGGAGCAAAGCCGAGCGUUGCAACUGGACGCCUUGCGCAGUUCUCAUCCAGUGGAGGUGCCCAUCCGCCGAGCCAAGGAGGUGGACGAGGUCUUUGAUGCCAUUUCCUACUGCAAAGGUGGCUCAGUGGUGCGCAUGGUCAACGGGGUUUUGGGGAAGGAACUCUUCCGGAAAGGCCUGGGCCUCUACAUGCGGCGCUUUGCCUACAGAAACACCGACUCCACAGAUCUAUGGUCCUGUUGGGAGGAAGUCUCUGGGAUGCCCCUGAUGGCCAUGAUGAGCUCCUGGACGAAGCAGCAGGGCUUCCCCGUCCUGAUGGUCAACGAGACGAAGACCAGUCGAACUGGCGGGUCCUCCAGGCUCCUUCUCUCUCAGCGGUGGUUCCUGGCCGAUGGCAGCGAAGAACCGGAGGAGGGAAACCACAAGAAGCUUUGGCAGAUCCCAUUGCUACCUGGGCCUGGAGGGACCGACGAUCACCUGAUCAUGGAAAGUCCAGAGAUGAGAUGGGAAAAGAAGGAUGGCUUCCUGAAGUUCAACUUUGGCCAAGUGGCGCCUUACCGAGUGCUCUACGACUCUUCCUUGUAUGGAUCCUUGAGUCAGGCGGUGCGCAAUGGACAGGUGAACGCCCUGGAUCGCAUUGGUUUGCUCUUGGACGCCUUGGCCUUUGCCAAGCAGGGGAAGCUGCCCAUGGCGCAACUCUUGGGCCUGGUGUCAGCCUACAAGGGCGAGAAGAGCACGCAUGUCUGGCAAGCCUUGUCAGAGGUGCUUAGCACCCUUCACCGCAUGGCCUCGUUCGCGGAGAGCUCUUUUAGUGCAUUGACGGAUGCGGUGGGCAACGGAAUGCUGAGGGAUGCGCUGCAGGAGGUCGGUAUAGCAGCUUCUGCCAAAGAGACCGACCUCACGCGCCACAAACGGGCAUUGAUCUUGAGGCUAAUGGCCAUGUAUUUGCCCAAGGACAAGGCCUUGGCAGAAGAAGCCAAGCUUCGCUUUGAGCGGUGGCUGAAUGCCCAGGAUCUACAGGACACCUUGCCGGAUGAUUUGAAGACGUCAAUUUUUAAGAUCGUUCUCACCAACGCUGAGACGGAUGCUCCCUACAAUGCCCUACGGCGCUAUGCCCGGCGUACGGACAUCCCGCAGGCCGUGCGUUUGAGCAUCUACACUGCCUUGGGAUCGGCCAAGCGGAAAGACUUGCGUAUGAAGACGCUGGAUAUGGCCACGGGUGGACGCAGUGGAGUUCGGCUCCAAGACAUCAUGUAUCCAGUGCAGGGCGUGUCCCAAGCAGAUCCCGACGGCGCGCAAUUGGCCUGGCGUUGGUUCAUCCAGCGGCGGCGGAGCAUCAUGGCACGGCUGAAAGGUGCCAAUGUGAGGUUGUUGGGUGUGGUGAUCCAGCUUGCUGCUGGAGCUGUGCCGGACAAGGCCCAUGCGAAUGCCGUGGAGGCCUUUUUCCAGCAGCAUCCUGUUCCCGGCUUGGAGCGAUCCAUUGCCCAAGUGGUCGAGAACGUCCGCACAGAUGCAAAGUUCAUGAUGAGAUUCGAAGACGAAAUGCAAGGGGAGGAGAUGAAGGAACUCCUCAAAGGCUUUGAGCUUUAA